GGGAUUCUCAGUUCUUAGUGUGAGACGAGACAUGGCGGAGAGCGAUUGGGACACAGUGACCGUGCUCAGAAAGAAGGGCCCCACCGCGGCGCAGGCCAAGUCCAAGCAGGCUAUUACAGCUGCUCAGAGACGAGGGGAAGAGGUAGAGACGUCGAAAAAAUGGUCAGCCGGUCAGAACAAGCAGCACACAAUCACAAGGAACACGGCCAAGCUGGACAGAGAGACGGAGGAGCUGCACCACGACAGAGUGCCACUAGAAGUGGGCAAAGUCAUUCAGCAGGGCCGGCAGGGCAAAGGAAUGACCCAGAAGGACUUGGCCACGAAAAUUAAUGAAAAACCCCAAGUGAUUGCCGACUAUGAAUGUGGAAAGGCCAUUCCCAACAACCAGGUGAUGGGCAAGAUUGAAAGGGUCAUAGGCCUGAAGCUGCGCGGGAAGGACAUUGGAAAACCCAUGGAUCCCGGCCCAAAAAAAUGAAGACAAAGCCUCGAAGUCAGUGGCCCCCAGCUGAUCUCACCCGGCCUGUUUAUUUCUUUAUAAACGAGCCGGUUAUUUGCCGCAUUGCCAAGCUGUUACCAAUUCCCAUGGGGAGGGGGGUUCAGACUGUAAUUAUGGGGGCAGGACUGAAUCAAAUGCAAAUACCUUCUUACCUGCUUUAAAAUUAACAAUAACGUCCCCCAAAAUGAGAGAGUUAAAAAUGACUAAUUCUCCGCUUCACCGGAGAAGCAGCUAAUUUAUGGGCAGUAUUUUAUGUUUGAAAUGAUUGGAAAUAUUUUCUUUCUUUUUUUUUUCUUUUUUUUUUUUUUGCCCCCACCUACCCCUGAGUGAGAGUUGGGGGUGUUUUUAUUUUUUGCAGAUGGAAGGGGUAAUACAUGGGAUGGGGAGGGAUAAACACUUUGUCUCUUAACAUUUUCAUCUCUCACCUCUUUUCUUGGAAGUAAUUGUAAAAUAAAAAUUUGUUAUCCUU